AUGAAACAUUUUCCGACCGAUGAAGAUUUACCUGGUCAGGAUUUGGAAAUGAAUGCUCCGUCCGCUGAUGACUGCAGAAAGAACAUUCCGGUGAAUAAAAAUGAGGAGGCUGAAGUGUCGGCCGCCUUGUCCCAAAUAGAGCAGAAGGCUAGAGAAGCUGUGGAUGUUUUAAUAAAAGUUAGUGAAAAGAAUGGGAAGAAAGUGUUGUUUCCCGAAGUUGAUCAGUUGCUUCACGUUCAGUUUGUUUAUAAGAAACCGGGCACUACACUCGCCGGACGUCGUGUCAAACGUUUCAUUCUACCGCAUUCAUUGUACGAAAAAGGUAAUACAACUGUUUGCUUGAUUAUGCGAGAUUUGGACCAAUCCGUAAAGGGGAAAUUUGAUCCUGACGUUGACAAGCAAGCAAGGCUAUGGAGCGAAAAAUUGGAGCUCGAAUUCGGAAUUAGCAAGGAGCACGUGCAAAAGAUUUUGACAAAACGGCAGUUGGAGAGGGAAUAUCAUUCUUAUUACGAUAGGCGUCAGCUGGCAUCUGCAUAUGAUAUCUUUCUGGUGGACGCCGUAAUCGAAGAAAGUGUUAUACGUUUUUGUGGCAAAGAGUUUCACAAGGCAAAAAAAAUUCCUCUAAGAUUACCAAUGCAUCAACAUGGAUCACUGAUAAAGGAGAUUGAAAAAGCUUAUUACACCGUCACAUUCCCACUUUUUCCAUUCCGUACGCGAACGAGUCUUCGCAUUGGAAAUCUCAAUAAUCCCAUCAAUUGUAUCGUAGAAAAUGUGCGUGCAGCAGUUGAAAAUGUAUUUCAGUAUUGCCCUGGUGGUUUAUGCAACAUUCGUUCAGUAAGUCUACAAAUGGUGACAGGCGGACCAUCAUUACCUCUCUACGUGGAUGCCGGUCCUAGAAAUGCGAUCAACUUACCAAAGCCCAUGAAAAUGAAGGAUCUCAGAGCUAAAAGAGACAAAAAAGCAAUUGCUGAUGAGUUGUCAACAUUGCCAGAAGGCUUAGAAGUUUUAGUGUACAGGGACGGUGAAGUGAAAGUGCUGGAUUCGGAUACUAAGAAGCCUGUGCUCUAUCCGACGGUUAACGAUGAAUGGGAGGAAGGAGAUGACCUGAAACCGUUAAAUCCUGUGAAGCUAAGAAAAGCGAUAGAAAAACAUUCCAAAUUGAGAGAAAAAAGGAAACAAAAGCAGGAAGCUAAGAAACGACUACUGUUACCUGUAAAAGAUGGUAUUUCGAAAAUCAAAAAUUUGGUGAAGAAAAAGAAUAAUAAGCGGGAUAAAAUUAAUGGAUUUGGAGGGAUAAAACGGGAGCGAAAGAGUCAGACGAGGACCAACAAAAAAUCUAAAUUGCAUCGAAGUGUUAAAGUGGAAAAGAAAAAAAGCAGAAGUGGGCCUGAAGUCGGAUGA